AGGGCAGACUUUGGACCCACUUCACUCACUCUUCCUCUGCGCCGCUGGCUGCAUUGCUUCGGUUUGUCUCUCUUCUCUCUCCUGGAAAACAUGAAGAUUCAAUUUGCCCCCAGCGAAGUGCCCCUGCACAGGAGACUGCAGACGGCUUCAGUGCUGCAGUGGGUCUACUCCUUCCUUGGUCUGGCACCCACCUGCAUCUGCCUCUUCUUCUACCUGCUGUUCACUCGCUUCUGGCUCAUCUCUGUGCUCUACUCCGUCUGGUGGUUCUUUGACUAUGACACCCCUGCACGUGGAGGCCGCAGGGUGCCCUACUUGUGUGGCCUCAAAGUUUGGAAAUACAUGCGGGAUUACUUCCCCAUCAAGCUGGUCAAGACAGCUGACCUGGAUCCCAGGCAGAACUACAUCCUGGGCUUCCAUCCUCAUGGCGUGCUGGUGGCAGGAGCCUUCACCAACUUCUGCACCUACGCUACAGGCUUCCCACAGCUGUUCCCUGGACUCACCAGCUACCUGCUCAUGCUGCCGCUUUGGUUCAGAGCCCCGUUCUUUAGAGACUACAUUAUGUGUGCAGGUCUGAUUCCUUCAGACAAAGAGAGCGCCAAGUACCCGCUCAGCAAAAGAGGUGGAGGUAACGCUGUUGUGAUAGCAGUCGGUGGGGCCCCAGAGGCCCUCGAUGCCCAUCCUGGGACCUACAAUGUACUUUUGGCUAAGAAGAAAGGCUUCAUCAAAAUGGCGAUGGAGCAUGGUGCUCACCUGGUGCCAGUCUUCUCUUUUGGAGAGAAUGAAGUGUAUGAUCAAGUGGGAAACCAAAGAGGAACCAUGCUUCGAUGGAUACAGGAGCGGCUGCAAAGCAUCAUGGGUAUCUCCCUGCCUCUCUUCCAUGCACGUGGCAUUUUCCAAUACUCCUUUGGUCUCAUACCCUACAGAAGACCCAUCACUACAGUCGUUGGGAAGCCCAUCAGGGUGGAGAGGAAUGAGAAGCCAACAGCAGAGCAACUCGAUGCCCUGCACCAGCUGUACAUGGACGAACUCAGCAAUCUGUUUGAGGAGCACAAAGGCAACUAUGGAGUGGACGAGGACACACACCUGAACUUUGUCUAAGCUGAACUGAUGAUGGAGAGGAUCCAAAUGCAUAUUUAUUUGUAAAGCUCUGGCAGGCUCUGAUAAAUGAUUGCCUCUGUAAACUGGACUUUGCUGUCUACUGGCCUGUAAAUUAAGGAUGAAUAAACUCUUGUUGGUUCUGCUGUAUGGCUUUAUAUAGAGAAGGAUUUAAAGACAGUAUGAGAUAAAAGCAACCAUUGUAGAAAUGCUUCUGUAUCCAUGACUGAGACCUGGCUGCUCAUUCAAACUGCUGCCAGGGACACGAAUGACACAAGCUUUCCUCAUCAUCUCCCAGUGGGGGAAUCUGUCUGGGGUUUUGGAUUUUGUGCAAGGCCUGACACUUUCUCAAACAGAGUCAUAGGUUGAAUUUGAAGUUGCAAUAUCAUUUGGAAAGACUGUCAUAAAAAAAACACCAAUAAUUUCAUUAUCUGGUAUCUGUCCAAAGCACUGAAAAUAAAAAUCUUUUAUACACCA